UGCUAUUUCUCCACCGUCAUGGCCGUCGCUCUUCCUCCCUUCCCUGAAGACGUCCCGACGCACCCCUUGCUCGUCGUCGACUAUGAGCUUAUCAAGAAGGGCGACCAGCAGGAGAUGGACAAGCUGUGGGAAGCGGCGACGAAGUUGGGCUUCUGGUAUCUCAGGAACCACGGCGUCGACGAAGAAGCUGACAGCAUGUUCGAGAUGGGCGCCGAAACCAUGCGUCUGCCCAUGGAAGAGAAGAUGAAGUUCGAGCAGGGUGACGACGGCGUCUCCUUCGGAUACAAGGCCGCAGGCGCGAACGCGGUCGACGAGUCCGGCCAGCUCGACACCGUCGAGUUCAUCAACAUCUCGAAGGACGACGCGCUCGCGUACCCGACGGCCGUCCACCGCACGUACCCGUCCACGGUCAACGCACGCAUGCCGAACACCGUCACGCCCUUCAUCCGCAAGUCGGUCGACAUCAACAACACGCUCAUGGCCGCGUUCAACGACAAGCUCGGCUUCCCCAAGGGCACCCUCGCGAAGCUCCACCUCGACACUGUGAACAGCUGCAGCGAGUCGCGCUGCAUCAAGAAUCCGCCCGCACGCGAGAUGGCCUCCGACAGGCAGGCCAUCGGCGCGCACACGGACUUUGGGUCCCUCUCUUUCCUGCACAACAGGCUUGGCGGCCUCCAAGUGUAUCCUCCGGGCACCGAGCAGUGGUAUUACAUCAAGCCCAUCCCCGGCCACGCCAUCUGCAACGUCGGCGACGCCCUCUCGCUCUUCAGCGGCGGCAUCCUGCGCUCGAACCUGCACCGCGUCGUGACCCCGCCCCGGGAGCAGGCCACCCACGAGCGCUGGUCCCUCGUCUUCUUCAGCCGGCCGAACAACUCCGCCGAGCUGCGCGCGCUCGCCGACCUCAGCCCCGUCGUCGCCGCCGCCGUGCGCGCCGCGCCGGACCCGGCCAAGUUCGAGACGGGCCAGACCGCGCGCGCCUGGUUCGCGCGCCGCAUCAAGAACCAGCGGAUCAAGAACCGCACGGGCCCCGAGACGUGGCGCGCGAGCCGCGGCACCGAGCAUAGCGAACAACAGGCUGCGGCUGUUUCUGCGUACUGAAGGCUGUGUGUCCCUCCCUGGAUUGGAUGCUGCGGAUCUGCCCGUUUUCUCGAUAUGUCUAUGGAUGAAUUUUGUAUUGUUAGCGCUACAUCGGGGUCUAUCUUCGGAGGGCCCGACCCCCAGGAAUAUAAUCUUAAUCUUUGUCCUC